GGUAGCGCCUACCGCGCCAGCCGGGACUUGUAGGCGAAGGUGGUUACCAUGGAGUUGCGCCGAGUAACGCGGCGAUAGUAGGACGCUGAGGCUGGCGGGGAAGCACCUGCGGGUGAAUAGUGUUCCCAUGGCUCUGCCCAGUCUCGAAAAAUUCUCAGCUUUCCUUGAGCUAACAGAUGGGAAAGGAUCUGCUACGAUGAUUCACGCCACACUGUAAAUGACUGAUAACACUGUGUUCACCCCUCUUAGGAGGUAUUUCCAUUUCAACAGGGAACAAUCCCUGAACCCAAAGGAAUGAAUCCCUAAUGGUGGAGUUUCAGGCGUCAGUGACAGGAUGAACCCGGAUCCCCAGGGCCCCCACUUACACCUGGCAAAUGAUGGCCUGAGCGGUGAACAAACAGGACAGUAUGGACACGUCGGUGCAAGAGCCCCCGCUCGACUACUCCUUCCGAAACAUCCAUGUGACCCAAGACCUGUUAAGCGAGGAGCCACGGACAGGGCUGCGCCCAUUACGGCACUCGAGGUCGGGGAGGUCAAUGACCCAGUCCCUGUGGCUCAACAACAACGUCCUCACUGACCUGAGAGACUUCAGCCGUGUGGUUUCACAGCUCCUGGAGCACCCGGAGAACCUGGCCUGGAUCGACCUGUCCUUCAACGACCUGACUUCCAUCGACCCUGUCCUGACAACUUUCUUCAACCUGAGCGUCCUCUAUCUCCAUGGCAACAGCAUCCAGCGCCUCGGAGAGGUGAACAAGCUGGCUGUCCUCCCUCGGCUCCGGAGCCUGACACUCCAUGGGAACCCCAUAGAGGAAGAGAAGGGGUACAGGCAAUACGUGCUGUGCACCGUGCCCCGCGUCACCACAUUCGACUUCAGCGGGGUCACCAAAGCAGACCGCACCACGGCCCAGGUGUGGAAGCGCAUGCACGUCAAACCGAGGAAGGCCCGGAGGACCGAGCACGACGCACGCUGAGGCUUCCUGGGACCCCAGCCGUCCCAGGGGCCCGAGGACGCGGUCGCGUGUGACAAUAAAUAAUUUGAGCUGUUCAGCA